UGCCACUCUGUGCUGCGGAGUAGAGAGACUCCAUCUCAUCAGCCAAGAUCAUCAGCGAAUCACAAGGCUCAGCCAUGGAACUCAUUUCUAUGUUCCUGUGGUCGAGCUGUCUGGUUCUAACAGUCCUUCUCAAAACCACCAUUGCUGCUGGUUCUAAUGUGAAAUACCAGACCAUGAAGACAUGCACACUGGAGGGGUCGUCAGUGAGCAUCGUCUGCAGCUACAGCUACCCAAAAGGUCAUAAGGGCACAGCCACCCAUUGGUUUAAAGCUCAAUCGCUGGACAAAGUGACACAUGACAUCUUCCAAGACCACGUGAUGAGGGACCGUGUCGAAUACUUAGGCGACGGGACCCAGAGUUGCACUGUGAGAAUCAACGAUCUCCGUUUGGGUGACUCUGGAACCUACUGGUUCAGCUUUGAGACGGAUAAUUCCGGAAAGAAACUGAGCAGCACAUCCGGGUUUACCCUCUCAGUCACAGACCUGGUGGUGGAGGUGAGGCCGGAGGUGACGGAGGGGGAGGAGGUGGACCUCUACUGCGGCUCCUGCAUCCUGAGUGAAGCCCCCACCUACGUCUGGAUGAAGGAUGGUCACAUACUCGCCAGCCUGGAGCGAACCAACCUGCUGCUGAUUGACCCCGCACGCAUGAACGACACGGGCAAUUACACCUGCCAGGUCAAAGGUCAUGAGGCCACGCCCUCUCACCCUGUCAGGCUUACUGUGUCAUGUAAACAGCAGGUGCAGGUGAAGUUGCCACCUGGGCAGGUGAAAGAGGGGGAGCGGUUGGAGCUCACUUGUGACACCACCUGUCCUAUGAUCAGUAGCCUGGCCUUCUUCGAGUGGUCCAAAGACAGCCGUCUCCUCUCGGAUCAGAACCACCGACGACAGCUGGUUCUGGACCCAGUGAUGGCGGAGGACACGGGCAGAUACUCCUGUGCUUUGGCUGGACAGCAGGAGCUUCACUCGCCUGCCGUAGAGGUCUUGGUCCAGUAUUCUCCCAAGAAUACAACAGCCAUUAUGUUGGGGGAACCACUAGGGGCAGCAUCAGUGACUCUGACCUGCAGCAGUGAUGCCAACCCACCAGUGGAGAGCUACACCUGGUUUAAGGUGAAUGAGUCCACUCCAGUAGGAUCAGGACAGCAGUACAGCAUCACUAACAUCAGAUCUGAGGAUGGAGGACAGUACUACUGUGAGGCAAAGAACACAGUUGGAAGUGGGAGAUCACCUACACUCUUAGUUACGCUGCAAGGUAAAGCAGAUCCUCCGUUGCCAGUGGUUAUGGUCAGUGUAGCUGCGAUUUUGGUGGCUUUCUUUGUUGGGAUUGGCGUGAUUUGUGGAAACAAAAGGAGACAUAGAAUGCUAGAGGAUGGAACUUUUGACAAGGCUGGAGACCCUGGUCAGAGUGAGAACACCUACUCUAAUAUGGAGUUAAAGCCAACUAGUUCAGACUAUGAGGAUGUGACGGAGAGAGGUCUCAACCCAACAGAUAGCACCUACACAGCACUGGCCUUCAAAUCCCAGAGUUCCGAGUAUGAGACACUCGAGAAAGCCAGGAAUACCUCAAAUGACUACAGUAAUGAGCCAGCCACUGGAAUCUAUGAGACCUUGGAUGACAUCACGAAAACAGGAUGAUGUUACAGAAAUAUGUGUGUGUGUGUGUGUGUGUGUGUGUGUGUGUGUGUGUGUGUGUGUGUGUAUGUGUGUGUGUGUGUGUGAUAAAUACAAAAAUAAGAGUAGCCGUUUUAUUCUGUAAAGUCAAUUAUUUUAGGGCCUAAGUUUUACACACCUUUUUUUUUUAGUUGACAGCUUUGUUAGCCUAUGCUAAUCACAUGUUGUAUAAUCAUGUGAUAACCAGGUUAAUGUUUAGGAUCAAUAUUAGAUUUAAUAUUUGCAUACAAUAUUUGUUGUGUUCAUUAUUGUUCUUUGAGUAAGACUUAUGAAGUAAGGUGUAUUAUCAUCAUGUAUUUUUUAUAGAAUAGACCUAUUAAUGGAAAAUGUGCCUUUGGUCCCUUGUUGAGUUCAGCACUAUUGAGUCGCAUGUGCAAAGAUCAGAAUUCACUCAACGUUAAGUCAAUGAAGGGAAAAGCAGAGCCUUUCCUGCCAUUGAAAACAAACACAUUUGAUGAGUCGCUGGCUUUAUGUUUAACGGAAAAGAGUUUUAAAACUAACAGUGUCACAUGCACAAUAAUACCAAAUUAAGAACAUAUGCAUUAAUAUUAAUAUGAAUGUCUUAUCCACAAUGGAUUUUAAUAGUUCUCUGGAUUAGCAUAAAUAACAGGGUAGGCACUGACUCCUCCGACCACACGUCCCUGCAACUAGGCCAGCUAUUAUGAUGUUAAAACUGUGGAGUUUUGUUGGUAGUAUGUUACUUGGCUUGAUGGCAUAUUUGAAGUAUUUCCUCUGCUAAAUAAGCAUUUACAUUUACAUUAACAUAUGAUUUAUCUGCUUUCUUCAACGCCGCUGUUGUAACAUAUUACAGAAUGUCCUAGUGUGCUCCAGCAUUAUGCAUACAAUAUUGUUAAUAUAAUGUGUUGAAAUGGUGUAGAUUUAAAAUGAAAUGGCAAUUUCAGGAUUAAAAUUAAUGAAAGGUGUGUUUAUAUAUGAUUAUUA